AUGGCCGCGACUGUAAUUCUGCCCCCAAUCAGUCCCUACUUCAAGUACUCGGUCAUGAUCAACAAGGCCACGCCCUACAACUACCCAGUGCCUGUCCGUGAUGAUGGGAACAUGCCGGACAUACCCAGCCACCCCCAGGACCCCCAGGGGCCCAGCCUGGAGUGGCUGAAGAACCUGUGA